AUGGAGCGCAAUGACAAUUUCGGCAAUAACUGGCGUCGCGACGGACAGCCACCACCAGAUAUGAAUCGUGGAUACGGGCAAGGCUGGAACGAUGCAAUGAGUGCAAGAUACUCAUGGUACGGACAAAUCCCUCCACAGCUACAAAGGCCGCUGGCCCCUAAUGGACUACUGCCACCUCUUCUCCCUGGAGUGUACGCGAAUCCAAUGGCUGGUCGUCUUCCACCACCGAUGGCUGCCGGCUUCUUUCCGCAUCAAAUGUCGGCACUGAUGCAGAACCAAAUGCAAAUUGGCCCGAAUCCCAAUAUGAUGACAGCCUUAGGUGCUCCGACAAUUGCCAUGCUUGCUCAGCAACCCCAGCCCUUUCGCACCUUCGGCCCGAACAGCGUUAUCUCUGCGCCCCCUACUCUUCCUUACGCUUCGAUGCUAGCUGCUCCUCAGCAACCGUACCCGGGGUUGUCGCCACAGAUUCAGGGUCGUACUUCGUCGACGUCAGGCCGUCACGGAGCAUUUCGACGGCCGAGGACACUUCCCGCCCCUCCGAGCCAUCCAUAUUCGAAAUCGCGCCAGAAGCGUGGGAAUCAGUCCAUGCCAGUCUUGACUCCUCAGCAGCCAAUUCAACAGCAGCCAAUUCAGGAGCAGCCGGAGCAACCACAAAUUGUUCAAGUACAGCAGCAGUCCCUCGUACAGCAGCAAGCAGCCCCGACCGGCGAAGAAAUUCUGGUUGCUCGCAUGUUGGCCCACCUUUCAAUGCUCAAUCUUAAUCCUCGGCCCAACAAUAACACUCAAAAUGUCGUUGCUGUAUCGACUCCAGCGCCUCGAUGUCCAUGGCGCAGCGCCACCCCUCCGAUGAUUGAUGGUCAGCCCGGGUACACCACGGCCCUCCCGAUCUGUAGCCAACCCUCUUUCAACUCCAGCUUGUGGCCAGCCUCGCAGGCGCAGUGGAUGCGCGCUUUCAACCAAAACAACCCGCUACCAGAAACGAAUUCAAUUGUCAACCCUACACCGACUGCUUGGCCUCUGGCUGGUGCUCAGCUUCCGCCGUUGAUGAACAACGCCGUUCAGCAGGUGAAUGGCCUGGAGGAAUUCCUCAACGGACUCAAUAACGUCUCUUCAUCGACAGGGAACAGCAGCAACUUUGCCGCGGAGCACAUAAGGCAAGCGAUCCCGAAG